GGUUUCCUCCAGCCGGCGCUUGGCGCCUCGGUUCCCGCGACCCCAACGUCCCGGAGGCGUGGCCGUCUGCCCGGUCGCCCCUGGGAGCCCUCUCGUGUGUGCCGGACAAACAGACCGCAGCCUGGCGUAGCAACCGUGGGACUCGGUGCUCCUGGAUCCCCCGAGGCGGCGGCGGGGCCCGGGGAGGCCAGACCUUUAUUUCUGUAGGAUCCUGAGGACUUGAAAUUGAAUAAAUCAUUCACCAAAUAUAGAGCCUAUAGUUCUUCUUGCAAAGUCCCAGAUGAAUACCAGGUUUUCUUCAAGCAAAAUGAUACCUUUCCACUUUCCUCCAUCAAAAUUAUCACUUUGGAACCCAAUGCCAAUUGGAGAUUUCAUCUACUUGCGCCUCAAUUAUUGCAGAAAGCCAAAGCUUAUGGUGACUGAAAAGGCCAUUCGACUUGCUUAUCGCCAUGCUAAGCAGAAUAAAAAUGAUGUUGCAUGCUUUUUACUUGGUUCUCUCACAGUGGAUGAAGAUGAAGAAGGUGUGACAUUGACAGUUGAUCGCUUUGACCCUGGCCGAGAAGUACCUGAAUGCUUAGUGAGAGCCCCUACUGCGCUUCUUCCUGGAGAUUUUUUGAUCCCUUGCAAGGUUGAUACUCAAGGGCUUUGUUCAAGAGAAAUGAUAGUUCAUAAUGCAGAUGAUUUCUGUUCAGCAGUUAAGGCUAUACAAUACCAUGUAUGUAGCAAAGAUUCCUUGGACUGUGGAAAGCUGUUCUCCCUAAGAGCUCAUAUCACUUCCAGGGAGAGUUUGGACAGUGUGGAUUUUGAUUUGCAUUGGGCAGCGGUAUCUCUAGCAAAUUCUUUCAAAUGUGCACCGGUGAAGCCUAUCCCCAUCAUUCCUACAGCUCUGGCAAGAAACUUAAGUAGUAAUCUAAGUAUUUCUCAAAUUCAAGGAACUUGUAAAUAUGGAUAUAUUACCAUGGAUGAAACACGCAAACUGUUACUUUUGUUAGAAUCUGAUCCCAAGGUUUAUUCUCUACCAUUAGUGGGGAUUUGGCUCUCUGGAAUUAUACAUAUCUAUAGCCCUUGGGUAUGGGCAUGCUGCUUGCGGUACAUGUUCAGUUCUUCUAUUCAAGAAAGAGUUUUUUCAGAAUCCGGAAAUUUCAUCAUAGUUCUCUAUUCUUUGACACAUAAGGAACCUGAAUUUUAUGAAUGCCUGCCUUGUGAUGGUAGGGUGCCUGACUUCCAGUUUCAGUUACUAACCAACAAGAAAACAUUGCAUCUUUUCAAUAAUGUUGAACCAUCUGACAAAAAUCCAAUCCACUUUGAACUAAGUGCUGAAAGUCAAGAUGCAGAAGCAGAGUUUUUUAGCAAGAUUUCCAAGACUCUUUCAGUUAAGAGGUCAUCCCCAAAAUUGUCUCCCAGGAAAAUACCAAUAAAUGAACACGGUGUUGAAGAUGAAGAUUUUUCUCCAAGACCAAUUCCUAGUCCACACCCAGUGAGUCAGAAGACCUCUAAGAUCCAGCCAUCAGUUCCUGAGCUUUCACUUGUGUUGGAUGGCAAUUUCAUAGACUCAAGUAGUCCGUUGAGAAUGAUGGGUAUUGAGAACCCUCCUUUGUUGACUAACAGUUCUGAACAGUUAAAGCCAUUGCAGCUUGAGACUUGUGAUGACAAAUGCAGCUCAGAAGCUGACCCCGGAGAGCCUUCCUUGACAGCAGUACCAGAUCAGUUCAGCCAUGGUAGUGCUCCUCUGAGACAGCGUAAAGGAAAGUUACCUAUCUGUAAAAAAGAGAACGCCCAUUUCAGGAACAGUACUGUGAACCCAUCUAACCUUAACUUGCCAUCUCCUGAUAUCUCUGAGAAACUUCAAGCAGUUUCUGCUAGAAACAUGCAAAAAGAAGACUGUCCUUUAAGAUCUCCCACGUUUAAUUCUAGGCAGUCCUCUCUCACUCCACAAGCCCACCCACACAAUUUUGUUUUUUCCCCCCAUAAUUCAAGACCGAUGGAACUUCAGGUACCUACUCCUUCACUGCCAUCUUACUAUUCCACAAAUGUUUGCAGCUGUUGUCACCAUCAUGGCCAUAUUCAGUAUAGUACACUAAAUUCUUGGCAAGGAAAUACAGUAGGAUCCGUUCAAGAUCUCCGAUCUGAAGCCCUUCAAAAACAUUCAUUAUUGCACUCAAGUGGAUGUCCAUCCCUGUGUCAUAAUGCCAUCUACUCUUCGAGUAGUCCUAUAGCGUUGAAACCUCAGGGAGGCAUGGAUGCCUAUUCUCCCCACAACAGUGGAGAACCAUUGCCUGUGGCAGGACCUUCAUGUAUGGACUCACACAUCCCACAGCCUUGUGCCAUGUGCUUGCACACACUCAACACUGCAUCAGAUGAUGGAAUGAUGGGACUAUCUCCUGAUGCAUAUCGGUUUGUCACAGAGCAAGACAGACAGCUGAGACUACUUCAGGCACAGAUUCAGCGAUUAUUGGAAGCCCAAUCUCUGAGUCCUGGCUCCCCUAAGACAACCACUGUUGAAGACCCCAUGCAAACUUCAGGACAAGCAGAGCUGGUUUCUGUGGAAGCACAGUCUUCCCCUGGCUUGCAUGUAAGAAAAAGUGUAAGCAUUGCCGUGAGCACAGGUGCUAGCUUGUUUUGGAAUGCAGCAGGUGAUGAUGGAGAGCCUGACUCACAGGUGAAGCAAGAUGAUACCAAGAUUUCCAGCGAAGACAUGAAUUUUUCUGUUGAUAUUAAUAAUGAAGUCACAAGUCCUCCAGGUAGUGCCUCUUCAUUAAAAGCAGUUGAUAUUCCCAAUUUUGAGGAGAGUAACCUUGCUGUGGAAGAACUUAAUCAGCUGCUUUUUGAGUCCAACUCCUCUUCAGAGAAGAGAAAAGAGCCUGAUGUGCCCAUGUUCUUUCCAAGUGCUCUGCUGGCUGAGAGUGUGAGCAUGUGCUUACAGAGUCCGCCCGCAACACAGGAGGCCAGAUACGGCAGUGAAACGCCAGGGGAGCCAGAAGCUGAGCCUCACCAACUGACAGAAGAUAACCAGAAAGUUUACCAAGACUUGUUGGGUCAAGUGAACCACCUAUUAAGUAACUCCUCCAAAGAAACUGAUCAAGCACCUGCCAAAGCAGUAGUUAUUAGCCACGAAUGCACCAAAACCCAAGAUGUUUACCAUGCAAGGAAAAAAACGCCUAACUCAGGACUAGUAGAUAAAGAUUGUGUCCUCAAUGCCACUCUAAAACAGCUAAGGAGUUUGGGAGUCAAAAUUGAUUCUCCCACUAAAGUGAAGAAAAAUGCACACAAAGUGGAUCAUGCCAGUGUUCUGGCACGCAUCAGCCCGGAAGCAGUGAUCUCUGGAUUAAACUACGUGUCAUUUGCUAAUGUUGGCAUGAGUGGCUUCAGUCCCACUGGUGUGGAUUUGAGCAUGGAGGCAAAUGCCAUAGCUCUGAAAUACUUAAAUGAAAAUCAGCUGUCACAACUGUCGCUUGCUCGAUCAAACCAGAAUGACUGUGACUCAUCUUUUAGCCUUCUCCAUAUUAAUACAGACAGAAGCACAGUGGGUCUUAGCUUAGUUUCACCAAACAACAUGUCAUUUGCAACAAAAAAAUACAUGAAGAGAUACGGGCUUAUACAAAGCAGUGACAGUAGUGAAGACGAAGAGGAGCUUCCCAGCCAUGAGGAUGGUGAGAGUGACCAUCCGUUAAAUAGGGGUCCUGCAUGCGGACCUGCACAAUUCAGUCGUCAGAAGGUGCCCUCUAGGAAUGCCUGUGAAGUAAUGGAUUGUUACAAGUGUGAGUCUGAGGACAUGCACACAGAUAUACCAGUACUCCGAAACAUCACAAAUGAAGUUCUGCAGCCAAAAGGAACACAGCAGUUGAGUGAAGACCCUACGUUCUCAUCAAGGAAUCUUAAACCAAGCCCUUCAGGGAAUCUCCGAACUGGAAAAGCAGAGUUUACUCGACAUCCUGAGAAAGAAAAUGAAAGGGACAUUCCAGUUUUUCCUGAAAGUUUGCAACCUUAUGAAACUUUAAAGCAGAUGAACAGCAUGAGUUCUGUAGGCACCUUCUUAGAUGUAAAGCGUCUCAGACAGUUACCAAAGUUAUUUUAAAUCUUUAGUUCCUUCCUUUGUGAUUGAGGAUUGGGUAUUAACUGAAGGCACUUAGAAGAAGCCGGAACCUUUGGGAUUUCUAAUCAUUGUAGGAGUCAGUCUGUUUCUUUGUAGUAGCUAAUUACACAUCAUUAAGUGCCUCCAUUGUGAGAUGGCUGGUUAGUGGGAAGGCAGGAUUUUUGUUGGGCAUCAUUGAACCUAAAUCAAAAACAAAAAUCCAACCCUAAGAUCAGCUCUUUCAGUAAAGUAAGUUCAGAUGUACUAUGCCUACUCCGGUUCUGGGGAUAAGAGCCAGGACCUUGUAGAUGCUAAAGGGCUGUUAUUGAGCUCUGCUUCUGAGCUUGAAUGCCUAAUCUUUGGUUUUCGGAGACAAGGUCUCAAUAUGUAGCCUAGGCUGGCUUCAAACUUGCCAGUCCUCCUGUUUUCCAAGCCCAGCUCAGGCAUAUGUUUCACCCAGUGUCCUCAAUGACAAUUUCUUACAUAAUCAUAGUAAAUUUCAAAACCAAGAAAUUACAUUAGGCACAGUUCUAACUAAACCAUAGAGCUUUUUUUUCAGUCUUUGAGACAGGGUCUCUCAGUAGCCCCAGCUGGACUGGCACUCACUAUGUAGACCAGGCUGGCCUCAAACUCACAGAGAUCCACCUGCCUCUGCUUCCCAAGUGCUG